UAUGACAGUAGAUGUUGACUUCAUCGACUUUCAGUAUGAAUAUACAAUAGGCCAUGUCCCGUGUCUAUUCUAUAACUGGUCUAAGGGUACAGGCCUCUCCAUUGUCAAAAUUUAUGUUGAAGCUUUAUUAUUUAUUUGUUAUUAGCGUUACCUACAUUCCAAGAAUAAAAAAAGGUAAAAGUGACUAUUUGUGCCGUAAUAAGUGACAUUAACCUAGGAAAAUCAUGGAGCCUACUGUAAAGUCUGAGCCAAUGGAUUCUGCUGAAUGGCCAGAAGACAUGGCCGAUGUCAAAGUUGAGAUUGACAUAGACUACACCAUGUCCUGGCUUGGCAAGCAGGAGAUUCUGCAUGAAGAACAGGUGUCAUCCAUCCCAGUACAAGUGAAUGGAACAACUCUUCAUGAAGAAGGCGUAGACAUGGAGGAAAACGAAUGUAAAGAAAAAGAACAACUAUCUAGCAAAGAGACAACUCUACCCACUGACCAUGUCAAACUGGAUCACAUUCAAGUGCUAGAUAGAAUUUCCACAGCGUUAAACCAAAGGCAGAGCUCAAAUGAUGAUUUUAUGGCGACAGUUACUGUUAAAAAGGAGGAGGAGGAGGAGGAGGAUGAUAGCAGCCAGCAACCAGCUGCAGUGGAAGAUGAUUGCAGCCAACAACAUUAUCUAAUCCCUGGCUACAACAUGAUCUUCAUCAAAGAGGAUGCAUAUGAUGAGAAAGAGGCUGAGUAUAGUUCAGUGAAGAGUGAACCAGAGAUGUGGCCUUCAAACUGCAGCACAUCUGGCCGAGACUAUGCAACAGAAGUGGGUGGACUGAAUGAGCAUUUAAUUUCUCCAGUGGAAAAGUGCACUGAGUCAUCUGUGGCUGGCAAAAAGACCAAGCUCUACAGCUGUGCUCACUGUAGCUUUAUAACACCAUGGUUCAGUCGUUUGAAGGUACACAUUAGAAAACACACUGGAGAAAAACCUUUCAGCUGCGAAUUUUGUGUUUUUAAAAGUGCUAGGUUAGGUGAUUUGAAAGCACAUAUCAGAACACAUACUAGAGAAAAACCUUUUAGUUGCAAAUUUUGUGACUAUAAAUGUGCUCAGUUAGGUCAUUUGAAAGCACAUAUCAGAACUCAUACAGCAGAAAAACCUUUCAGCUGUGAGUUUUGUGACUACAAAAGUGCUCAUUCAAGUCAUUUGGAAAGACAUACCAGAACACAUACUGGAGAAAAACCUUUCAGCUGCGAGUUUUGUGGCUACAAAAGUGCUACAUUUGGUAAUUUGAAAAGACAUAUCAAAACACAUACUGGGGAAAAACCUUUCAGUUGCGAGUUUUGUGACUUCAAAAGUGUUCAGUUAAGUAAUUUGGAAGCACAUAUCAGAACACAUACUGGAGAAAAACCUUUCAGUUGCGAGUUUUGUGACUUCAAAUGUUAUACGUUAGGUCAUUUGAAAGCACAUAUCAGAACUCAUACAGCAGAAAAACUUUUCAGCUGCGAGUUUUGUGACUACAAAAGUGUUCAUUCAAGUCAUUUGGAAAGACAUACCAGAACACAUACUGGAGAAAAACCUUUCAGCUGCGAGUUUUGUGACUACAAAAGUGCUACGUUUGGUAAUUUGGAAAGACAUAUCAGAACACAUACUGGAGAAAAACCUUUCAGCUGCGAGUUUUGUGACUACAAAAGUGCUCAUUCAAGUCAUUUGAAAGCACAUAUCAGAACGCAUACAGCAGAAAAACCUUUCAGCUGCAAGUUUUGUGACUACAAAAGUGCUCAUAAAAGUCAUUUGAACAGACAUACCAGAACACAUACUGGAGAAACGACUUCCAGCUAAGUGAGUCCUUCAUAUAUGAUGAAUUUGAUAAUCAUGGCUUAUUAUUGAUUUAGCCAUGGGCUAUCAAACACUUAUUUACCAAACAUAUUACUUUCUUAAUAUUUGUGAACGUGAUAUCGACUUAUCAUUGAUCUCAUUUUUUAGGUGACCUACCUUUAGAGGGUUAUGUGAUGUUUUAUUAUUGUUUGGAAUAAUCUAAAAUCGAUUAAUAACAUGCAAUUUAAAUGGAGAUUGUUGCAUCAUUGUGGCAAGCCUUGGUCUGCACUGCAACAAACUUUUAGUGGUCAUUAUACAUUUCCAUUUAUGGAAACUUUACAAAUUGGAAAGAAUUUGAUGCUCUAUAAGCCCAUAAUCAGUAUGGAUUUUUUCCAUUAAACUUUGAAAAGUUAUUAGAGCAACAAUAUAGAAAUUGGGGGCAAAUGUGGUUUUUCAAAAAUGCCUUCAAGAGCAGAUAUUUCAAAAACUAUAUAGAAGAUAUAGAAAAAUUUGUUGAUGAAUAUUGUAGGAAAUAAUGUAAACUUCAAUUUUGUAUAGAGUAGUCAUGUCCGUAAGAUGCAUAGGUUUUGAGUUAUAUGCUAGAAACAAAUAAAAAUCACCUUUGAACCACCAUCACUCCCUUAUCACUGUAGGUAGAGGUGGGGACUUGUGUUAUGUUUACCUCAUAACUUCCCUUAACAGACUUGCGAGGUCAAACUUUUCCUUUCAUACCCUUUUUUGAGCAUCCAUUGUCUGGACUAGAUACAUAUAUUGCUUAUUAAUAUAAUAUAUAAAGACAAAGUAGACAGAAGAAAAGGAGCAAUGUGCAUUUCACCAAACUCCAGGUGCAGAUAUACUCUGUAGCAGAUUUACUGGGACUCAGAAAUGCAUCCACAUAGCAGCACUUAUACUCCCUACAAAAUUACUAUUAGCCCAAGCAAUGAAUGCUCAAAAAAGGGUAUAGAGGUAAUAGUUGGCUUCUCGAAUAAAACUAAAAAACUAUGUAUCUUGAGGACUUUACUGUCACAUAACAAAUUAAAGCUUACAUGAUUUCCUACAAUAUUCAAUCUACAACUUGUUUAUAUAUCCUCUAGUUUUCGAGUUAUCUGCUCUUGAAGGUGUGUGAUUGUUGAAA